GAUCAAGAGUUUUGACUUCCCCAAGUAGGAGCUGGCAGAGUGGAACUCAGCUCAGCAUCUCCUUACUAUACAUAGGCGACUACAUGCUCAAUCAACAGUAGCCACACCUCCUCUGCUCUUUGAAACGCGCAAACCAGCAGGCUCAUCUCAUCUGCUGGUGGUAGUGCUGCCCCACAAUGGCUAGAGCUGCACUGCUUCCUGUCGCGCUGCUGCUGUGCCUUGCGCUGGCCGCCGGCGCCAAUGCCGAGCGGAAGCCGGUCGGUUUCUACGGGCUCAAGAACAAGAAGGGGGAUUUCUCCAUCAAGGUCACCAACUGGGGAGCCACCCUCGUCUCCGUCCUCGUCCCUGAUGGCCAAGGAAACUUGGCUGAUGUUGUCCUCGGGUACGACACCCUUCGUGGAUAUGUUAAUGGCACCGGCUCAUUCGGGGCCACGGUCGGGCGCGUGGUGAACAGAAUCGCCAAAUCCCGCUUCGUGCUCGACGGGAAAGCCUACCGUCUCUUCCGUAACGACGGCAAUAACUCCAUUCACGGCGGGCACAGGGGGUUCGGCAAGGUCAUAUGGACCGUCAAGGAGUACGUGCGCGGCGGUGACACCCCGUACAUCACCUUCUUCUACCACAGCUUCGACGGAGAGCAAGGAUUCCCGGGCGACCUGGACGUGUACGUGACGUACCAGCUCUCCGGCCCCUACGAGCUCAGCAUCCGCAUGAACGCCACGGCGGCGACCAAGGCGACGCCGGUGAACCUCGCGAACCACGCGUACUGGAACCUCGCCGGCCACGGCAGCGGCGACGUCCUGGAGCACGAGCUCCAGCUGCUCGCGUCGCGCUACACGCCGCUCGACGACACCAAGAUCCCGACGGGCCAGGUGGCGCCCGUGGCCGGCACCAUGUACGACUUCCGCGCGCCGACGCCCGUGGGCGCGCACAUGGAGGUCGUCGCCGGCGGCGGCGGCGGGUACGACAUAAACUUCGUCGUGGACGGGAAGCAGGACGCGAUGCGGAAGGUCGCGUUCGUCCGGGACCCGGAGUCGGGGCGGGCGCUGGAGCUGUGGGCGAACCAGCCCGGGGUGCAGCUCUACACCUCCAACUGGGUCAGCAACGAGAAGGGCAAGGCCGGGAAGGUGUACGAGCAGUACGGCGCGCUGUGCCUGGAGACGCAGGCGUACCCCGACGCCGUCAACCACCCGGAGUUCCCGUCGUCGAUCGUGAGGCCCGGCCAGGUGUACAAGCACGACGUGCUCUUCAAGUUCUCCAAUUAGGUUAUGUGCAUGUAUGCCUGAUUGGCGCUGUAUGGAUCGUUAUCCUCUCUUGAUUAUCCUCAUUGCAAUGAACCUAGCCUUUAUCUUUUC